UGAUAAACUUGUUAGUAAAAGGCCAAGCGGACGGUUAAUACAAUCAUUUGAACUUAAUUAAGUUAAGAAGUAUUUUUGAAUAAAUUGUGGGGGAAAUGCAAAAGAGACUAAAGAAGUUGAUUUGUGGGAUUUUAUUGGUAUUUGCAUUGAAUCGCCUUUCAGUGUCAUGGAGUUUCAAAACUUGUCCGGAGGAAAAGACAUCAAGUAAUGGAACAUUUGAAUGGAAGAUAAAUGAUAAGAAUCGCGUGGACUAUGUAAUAUCUCAGCCAGACGUGUGUUGGGAGAAUGACUCAAUUGUUUUGAGACACUGUGACAGUGAAACAGGCGAAUGGUUUCCAAAUCGAGUUCAAUGUGAAAAGUUCGUUAAGAAAAACAUCAAAUGCCCAGAUGAUUUAAUAGAGUUGCUUGUGAAUGAUGAAUACGUGUGUCUAAAGAUUUCAACAAAACCACAGACUUUUGACGAGCACUUCUACUACGGAUCGAAUAUUCUGAUGGGAUAUAAUGAUAUUGAUAAUGCAAUUUUAAGGUUCUUAUUAAACGAAUAUGAAAUUAUGAGUUUCUGGUUGCCCGUAAAAAGAUAUGAGGAGAACGAAUUUAAUCCAUUUGUAAUACGAUUGCCGGGUAAACAAUGGAAUGAAUUGUACAAAGACAGAGGGGAAUAUUUAUCAGUAAACAGCAGAACGUUAUCAGAUAAACAUUGCGUAGCUGCUCAUAUACAGAGAGAUGUUGGAAAGCAUGAUCGUUCAACAAUGCGAAUUGCAAUGACUCAUUGUAGAGAGUUGCAUUAUUCGGUAUGUGUUUUUAAGAAACAUUUAGUUGCAAAAUCAGGUUGUCCUCAAGAUUUUGGGGCCUUAAGUCAUCGGCCAAAUGAGUGUUAUGGAAUAACUUGGGAUGGCCAGAAGUAUCCAGAUGACUUUCGUAUGCUUAAAGUUACGGAGUACUUCACAAAAAUAAAUACCAUAAAACUAAUAUUUAAAGAGUUUAAUAUCGUAAACGACGAAUAUGUAGAAGUGGAGGGUAACAUACAGGUACCGAAUGGAAAAUGGGCAUUAAAACCAGAAAAUAACAAAAUGAAAAUUGUCUCAUCUAAAAACAAAAUUCAUGGUCUGUGCAUCGAGCACAUUGAAAGCCGCAAGAAUGUUGAGAUGAUAUUGAGGAUGGACUCUGAUCUUGACUCGUUAAUUUUGACCGUUUAUAAUAAGUUUUAUGUUUGGUCCAACGACAAACCGGAGAACAGCAUACAUUGUUUUACAAAUGCUGACUAUGGGGAAUUGUCUAGAGUGGAAAUAAAAAAAAUCUGGGAGAAUACAUCAAAUACGAAGACAAUCUUUAAGCUAAAAAUAAAAAGUGAUGACCCUGGACAAUACUGGUGUGAAGCGCAUACAAUAUUCAAUUUCACUCACGUAUCGUCGACAAAAGUCGUAGCCGCCAAAGCUAAAAAGGGUCAUGCCUUUGCGAUGCAAAUAGAAGUUCCUUUCAACGCCGACCACUUAAUAUUUAGUCAAGAUCAAAUGAAACAACUGGCCACGCGUAUUAAAGAUGAAAUUAAAAAUGUUCGAAAAAAGUACAAACAUCUUAAUGAUCUGGUCAUUCAUAAUGUACGAAUUAUGGAUAUUAUAUAUUUCCACCCGAAUGCAUCUUACUUAAGAUGUCUCUGCCAUACUACUAUAUCGAUCAAAUCAUCAGCAGUAGAUACAAGCAAUGAACAGCACAGCGAAGAAGACAACAGUAUUGAGGAUGAUAAGGGAGUACGCCACGAUACUGCAGUUCGUAUGAGCGCCAGAGAUCUACUAAUAAAUUUAAUAAAAGAAUAUCAGCCUCGUUUUAGUCAUACAGUGCGUAGUACUCAGUUCUGUUUUCCCGAAAACGAAUGGAUAUUGGCACAUAUCGGACAAUCAGCGACCAAGUCUAAAUUCUGCUUGCAAAAAAACGGCUUGCCUAUUACCCGAAGGUGUCUGGGUGAUUUUAUUGGCGGAGCUUAUUGGGAGCAGCUAACAUUAGAUGACUGCAUCACUGUCACAGAACCUAAUCUAAUUACAAGAAGCCUAUAUACCAUGCAUAUAACAAAAACUUCAGAAGACCAGCCAGAAAGGGCUAUUAAAGAUGUAAGACAACUGUUGGAAUCAAAUCUGCAGAAUCUAAUUCCAGCUGAUCUGUACUAUUUGGCUUACAUAAUACGUAAGUCAAUCAAAACAAUGCUUAAAGUUACCCCUAGACCAUCAACACUCCCAGUUCAUCCAACAUCUGAAUGGAACACAUUUAAUUAUUACUUCGAACAGAAACCAGGGUCUACGAAUAACAUUUCAGAAACAACUGUGGAAAUUGUACGUAUUUUCAACUAUAUACUUGAGGUCAAUGAUAUCGUUAUUCGUCCAUCAAUCGCACUCAAUUCUACAAAUAUUUUAUUAGAUGCAUUCGAAUACCUGAUAGAUCACAUGUCGUCAUUGGAAACAUUUCAAGAAAAUAUAAGCAGCGUUAGCAAUCAAACCAUGCCUUUAGAAAAUCUAAUGAACCAGAACGACAAAGAAAUCGAUAUCAUUGAGUAUUUAGAUGUGGGCGUAGUAGUUAAAAUAGCUACAAAUUUUGUAGCUUUUAUCAUUAAUCCUUUGGUGGCUAAUGUAACGGGUAUUGCGUUAUUUCGGACAGACCGAAAUAGUGGUGAAGAAUUCUAUGACGAAGGUAUUCUUAGAGGUGCAUUUAAGAAUGAAUACUACAGAUUUAUUUUGGCAAAUCAGAGCGUGGACGAGUUACUUAAUGAGCCGAAUAUUUUAAUGGGUACUUUUGUACCCACUUCAUUGUGGCAACGUCUGGAUGAGAUUUCAAUGAUGUCGAAUAAAACAUGGCAAACACAACGUCCCGAACCAAAGGUGGUUAUCAAAAUCUAUGCCAACGAUAAAUUGUUUCAGGAAACGGAUCUGACAUCAGAUAAAGCUGUUGAUGGAAAAGUAAUAUCAAUUUCAAUUCCUGGACAUGAUAAGGACCUGCCCGAAAUUUUACCGCUCAUUUUGACCGUCGUCAAUGAUGUUGAUAUAAGCGGGGCGGGCAACUACAACAAUACACAACAGCAGAAACAGUAUUGUAGUUAUUGGAAUUAUCAGAGGUGGGCAAGUGAUGGCGUUAUGAUGAUAAGUCGAUCUGAAUUGAACAACAAUACUGUGCUCUGCGGCUGUACGCACCUGACACCAUUCGCAUAUUUGAUUGGCGGCAGCUACAAACUAUCUGUAGAUUCCGAUGUCGAAGUUAUUGAGAAAAAAAUUCAUAAACAGGCGUUGGAUAUAAUUACACUUUUGGGCUGUUCGCUCUCCCUGUUUGGUAUUGUUGGGAUAUUUGUGACGGCCUGUACAUUUCGUUCAUGGCGCAAAAAAGCCAAUUCUAAAGUCCUGCUUCAACUUUCAGCUGCAAUCGCUCUGCAAAUGAUUCUCUUCUGCUUUGUGAACACCGAAGAGAACUCAUAUCAUCUGAUAAGCAACAAAAUAUUUACCAGUUGCAUUACUAUAGGCGCCUGUUUACACUACUCGGUACUCGUACAGUUCUGUUGGAUGGUUAUCAUUGCGUAUCUGCAAUUUAAACGUUAUGUCCAGGUCUUUGGCAAUACCAGACCUAAACGAUUCUUCAUAAAAUCAACCAUUUUGGGUUGGGGUUUACCUCUGAUUCCAGUAGCAUGUGUACUUGUGUUUGAUAGCGAUUCUUAUAUUCCUCAUCAAAACGAAUCGACUAAUCCCCUUUGUUAUCCAUCUGGCCUUUCUUUCUACAUCGGCAUUGUUUUGCCCAUUACUCUGGUCAUAAUUGCGAACUUAGUCAUAUUCGUAGUUGUCAUAUAUAAUAUUCUUAAACAUCCAGCUGGAUCUAUACGUCACACUGAAAAAAGUAUAGCAAUAUCACAAAUACGUCUAUUGGUACUUUUGUUUUUCCUUUUAGGAUUUACAUGGAUUUUUGGACUUUUGAAUGCCAUGAAAGCCGGCUUAGUAUUUUCGUAUUUGUUUUGUCUGACUGCCACACUACAGGGCUUUAUUCUUUUUGUGUAUUUCGUUCUUAUGGAUCCUGUAACGCGGCGCAUGUGGUAUGGAUAUUUCAUGAAGUUGUGUGGCCUAAAACCGAACAUGGAAAAUUCGUCGAGUAUGAAAGAGUCAACUCAAAGUUUUUAACUAGAUGCUUCAAUAAAUCUCGACAAAUGAUAAUUUUUAAUAACAAUAAUAAUAGAAAAUAUACACAAACAUAUAUAUUUAUUAUAAAAUUAAAAUUAAUUUUCUGUACUUACAUACAUUAUAUAUCAGCAAUUAUUUAUUUACGUAUGUAUAUUAUAUGCAUAUAAUGUAUUUGAACUAAAAGUCCUAUUUUU